CAGAAGUGGCGAGAAAAUGGUUGGACCUUGCUUCGUUUCCUUCUUCUUCCUCGUAAACUUGCUUUCAUUCUCUCAAACUCUUGACGCUUCUCACUGCUCCAUCAAAGGGUUCCCUCUGGUGAAGAACAUCAGUGAACUUCCACAGGGUAAUUAUGGAAGAGGAGGUUUAUCCCACAUGACUGUUGCCGGUUCUCUUUUGCAUGGGUUGAAAGAAGUUGAAGUUUGGCUUCAAACAUUUGCUCCAGGAUCACACACACCAAUCCAUAGGCACUCUUGCGAAGAAGUUUUUGUUGUUCUCAAGGGGAGUGGCACUCUAUAUCUUGCCUCAAGUUCAUAUAAGUAUCCUGGAAAACCAGAGGAGCACUUUAUAUUUUCGAAUAGCACAUUUCAUAUCCCUGUCAAUGAUGUUCACCAGGUCUGGAAUACAAAUGAACAUGAGGAUUUGCAAAUGCUUGCAAUAAUAUCUCGCCCUCCUGUCAAAGUGUUUAUAUAUGAGGAUUGGUUCAUGCCUCACACUGCAGCUAAGUUGAAGUUUCCAUACUAUUGGGAUGAGCAGUGCCUUCAAGAAACUCAGAAAGAUGAGCUUUAAUUUUUGACGACCCCUUCCCAUUUUACUUAUAACCCGUCAUGGACCCUUCUAUGGUGGAAUCCUAAACUGUUGAUGUCAUUUUCUCGAAUAAGAAUUUGGACAAGAGGAUUAACUGAUUGAACUUUGCAAACAAUGAGCGACAAAGAAGUCCUAAGAUGUUGUAAGUUUUCAUGACAUGUGCGCUGCAUUAGUAUAUAAAAAAUUUUCAACAUGGGAUUUGAUGUUAAGCCAAUGGAAAUUAACUCUGAAUUCAUUGUUUGAU